AUGUUGGUGAAAGAUAGGAAGAAGGAGAUUGCGCGGUUGAAUACUGUCGGCAUAGAGGGAGAAGACAAGGAGUUUGAAUGGGAGAGGGAGAACAACAUUGCGAGGCUCAAGCUGCUUCAACUGCAGCUGAAUCUCGGAGCUGGACCAACAGGACCAAAGGCGCCAGAUGCCACGCGCAGAGCAGGUGCCAAAGACAAAUAUGUUCCAUCAGAUCCCGACGACAUGCGCCUUUCUCCUUCCAACACUCGCUUGCGGGCUGCUAUCUCACAACACAACACCUUGCCCUCAUCCUCUUCCUUGCCUUUGCCCUCUUCCUUGCCGACUUCCUCUCAAGUUCUGGAAUUGUCCGAGCCCGCCGCACUUGCUCAUACCCAGCUGAGCCCCUCCGCUGACGCUGCCAGCACAAACCUACACACUGACAGUCCCAUUCAGCAGGAACAGUCAUUUUCUGCAGCCCUUGUCGAUCAGAUCGAUACCUCUCUCGACCGUCCUCAUCCUAACACAAUGGUUACAAAUGCCGCAGAGAGCGUUGUUAAUGAACAAGAAGACAGCGUCGCCAGGCCGCUAGGACUGCAGGCUGGUGGUGGGAGCUCUGAGGCCAUAUGGGCUUUAAAGCUCGACAAACUGCCUGACGGAGGAUGCUGGAUUACACCUAUCUACACCAGUUUCGUGCGGGAAGAGAUUGUAUCUGAUAUGCAAGCUACGUGGCGGCAGUUGCUAAAUGACUGGGUGCAGCUUGAGGCGGCAAUGGAGUUUGCAUAUGCGUUGCACAGAUUUACUGUGGCAGGCCGUCCCAAGAAAGUUACAUGGUGGGUUGGGCGAGUGCAAAAGCUCCGGUUUCAUGUCGAGCAAAGUGAUCAAUCCACAUACAGUAACCGUUUCACUCAAUGGUGGAGUGCAUGUAAUUCUGAGUGGCGGACGCGCGAUGCAGAUGGGCAUCCUGCGCCUCCAGGCACAGGAGAUUGGUCUACAAUGCUCAUACCCGGUGCCAACGGGAUUUGCCAGAUUAUAGCCUGCCUUGUGAGCUUAUCCAUUGCAACAGAUAUCCAGUCGUGGUCCCGUAGCAUGUGUGAUGUCCACUGGAUGGUUGGUGAAUUAUUAGCAGCAGUUGAGAAUGGUGCAAGUGUGCCAGCCAAGGAACCAUCAAAAGCAUUGGAUGCUCCUACUGCGAAGGGUCAAAAGCGCAAGGGUGGGGCGCUAUCAGUGCCGAAAGCUGUAAAGCAAAGCUGGCGUGCUCGCGUAUUGGUAGAAGUAACCGCAGAUAAUCCAUUUGUGUACCUGGCAAGUGUAUAUACCUGCUGGGAGCAUGUGAACCAUGAUAUCCAAAGUAAUACCAACCGUCUCCAAGCUCACAGAGCAUGA